AAAGGAAACAAUUUUUAUUGUUAUUAUAUUUUGAUUUUACUAAUUAUCAUUGUAAAUUAUCAUUAACAUUUUAUAUAAAAGAAAACAAAACUAUGAAAUGAAAUGUUUGGAUAAGGUGUUUAAUUUUAUUAAACAAAUUAUUAUAAGUGUAAAAACUGAAUGAAUGUUGAAUUAAUAAGUAAAAGAGAUAGAACUUAAAAAAGGUUAUUUAAAAAUUUAACUAUUGUACAUCAGUACAUAGUCUUAUAUUUGUUUUUCUUACAGCCACCUCAGCACUUGCAAACAUGUUUUCUUAUAUCCCAUCAAUACUCAUGCCGUACUGAUCGAUGGAGAACGUUGCUUAAGACUCGUUCUCUUAUAUAUUAACAUGUGGGAACAAAGAAACUUCGGAGACUUCUUCUAACUCUUUAAAUAUUUUCGGUUCUACUUAUGUGGCCUUCUCGUUAUUGCCACCUCAGCAUAUGUACAAGUGUAUUCCUGCAUCCUGUCAAAAGAAGACCAAUCUUUAACUCGUUUGAACACUUUGGUUAAGCUCUAUUCAAUGUGAUUACAAAAAUAAACAAAUUCACAGAGAUCCGACCACUGGAGCAAGAAGAAGAACCUUCUAGGACUGCUCUUUUGUUUCUCGGGAUUCAGAUGUCGGAUGGAGGAGCACCGUCGAGGUACGUGAAGUUGACAAAGGAACAAGCUCCAGUGGAUGAGGUUAAUCCCGGCGAACUCAAUCAACCGAUUCAGGUUCCUCAACUAGCAGUUUACAAAUGCAACGAGUGUGGCCAAACUUUGCCUGAAAAUUUUGAAGCUCCUGCAGAUGAGCCAUGGACUACCGGAAUAUUCGGGUGCACUGAGGACAUGGAUAGCUUUUGGCAAGGAUUCUUUUGCCCAAGCGUUCUGUUCGGACGUGUCUAUGAAACUCUGAGUGAGGAAGAAACCUCAUGGAAGAGAGCAUGUGUUUGCCAUUCGAUUGUAGUAGAAGGCGGUCUUACAGCCGCAUCCUUGCUUCUUUGUAUUCCCGGUAUAGAUCCACAUACCACGUUUCUUUUUUGGGAAGGCUUGUUUUUUGUUUGGUGGAUGUGUGGGAUUUACACUGGAGACUUCAGGCAAACUCUCCAGCGCAAAUAUCAUCUCCAGAACUCUCCUUGCGACCCAUGUAUGGUGCAUUGUUUCCUCCAUUUCUGUGCUGUUUGUCAAGCACACCGGGAGAUGAAGAACCGUCUUUCGGACAACUUUGUGAUGCCAAUGACUGUGGUUAACGCGCCACCGGUUCAAGAGAUGAGUUCCUCUAACGACGGACACCACCAUGACUCUGUCCCGGUAUCACACCACAGCUCUGACCUUGUGAUGCGGCCAUUGUAGUGCAAAAAGAUUCAAGGUCUUGUUUUGUAUGGACCUGAAGAUGCAUGGUUUAAUAAGGAUGAUAUAUAGUAUAUACACCCACUUGGUUUGUUUAAAACUCAUAAAUAAUAUGAUCCUUAUCACAAGAUUGUUUUAAAUAACAUAUAAGAAAAAAGUUUAUUAGUAUUUGAUUUGAAAUAUUCUUACGUAGCGUGUAAUCUCCUUAUUUUGAUAAAAUAUUCUUUUGGAUAAAUACAAACAAAUUAAAAAAAAUCUUUAAACAAUCAUUAUACGUUUAAGUUUCUUUGAGAUUUCCUAGACUUAUUAAAAUAAUAAUGAAAAUACCAAAUCGUUUCGUAUAAGUAACGAUAAGUACGAAAUUAGGUACGUAAAGUCUUUACAGUUGAGUUUUCUGCUAGAUACGCGAGAAUCAAAAACAUAACUAUAUCCAAAAAGAUGAUCGGAAGAGAUGCUGCUUCGAUUCCCAACGUUGACUUACCAUCUACAACGGCGGGAUCACGAGUUUCAGCAUCGUUGCCAUGCCGACGGAAAAGUCUUGUUAACGCCGGACAGGGAGAUGUUUUCUACGGCGAAGAUGACGUGGCAGAUUUGAUGUUUAGAGAAGACGAAGUGGAACAAGACUCGGUGAUGAGAGCUUACAGAAGUGACGAAGCUAUGAGAUCUAUUCAAGAUACGAGAAGACGAGAAAGAAGAAGCUUCUUUUGCUUUGAAUGUUUCGACUUUCUCAUACUUGUUUUCUCUAGAAAUAGGAACUAAUUAACAUACAUCUUGUAAAUUCUACUAGUUUUUUCUUGUUAGCUUUUUAAUUCAUCCAAAUUUAAUUAAAAACCAAAAAAAAGUUAUUUUAAAUUGAUUGAUAAUUUGAUGAUAUGAACGACAAGAGUUUUUAUUACUGUUAUUUUAUAACAACAGAACAUUGCAAAUACAUAUGUGCUUUCAACGUUGACUAGAAUUUUUUUUUUCGUUUUUUCAUUGGAAUUUUAUUAAUAGAACGAGGCCCACCAACCGAGCCAAGCCCAACACAACAUUAAACAGAACAUGAAACAAAGGCCCAACACGGAAGGCCCGUCUAAACAAACACCUUUGAGCCGAAAGCCCAAAAAGACAGCCCGUCGCAGAAGAAGUCGAGUCAGUCAACCAUGUGUUCGAUCGCACGGCGAUCAAUGGACACGUGCCUUGACGAGAACCAACCUUCUUCUUCCGGAGCCAGCGAAGCGACACGACAGAUCACCGUCGACGGCGAGUCAACCCGAGACGAAAUGUUCAAACCGCACGGCCACCACUGAGCUCGAGCCGAUAAGUCGACAAAACUGGUGGAUCUGCGAGAUCGACGAGAAGAUAAACCGCCUACAAUCAAUCCUUAACCUCCGAUUUACUUGCAUGCGGAAAAAGACAACUGUUUGAAACCAGAAAUAGAUUUUACAACAGGUUACAAAUGUUGAAAACUUGAAGUUAGCUUGAGUUUCAAGCUAUCCUAAUCUUAUUAGGAUUGUGUUUAUCCAAUAAAGAUUAGGAUAUAUGUGAAAGGUGAUUACUAAUAGGUUUAGGAGUUUUACCUAGUCCUAUAUAUAAAGAUGAAUGCUGUGAUGAAAGAAUAACGAUUGUAUGAAAGUGAUUGAGAUUAUUGAUUUGAAUAAUACGAAAUAAGUACUUGCGAUUACGACUUCUUGAUUUCAAUAUUUGGUAUCAGAGCCAUACAUCAAAAUCAAAUAGCCGACGACGAGAGAUACAACGACAACGACAAUGGUAGACGUGAAAAGUGAAACCGAGAGCAACGUUAAAGAAACUGGACCCUCGUCCAUCAAGUUUCCAAUGCUGACUUCCACCAACUACACAGUUUGGGCUAUGAAGAUGAGAAUUGCUCUCAAGGUAAACAAAGUCUGGGAAACAAUUGAUCCAGGGAGCAAGCAUGAAGGAAAAAAUAACUUGGCUAUUGCCUUGUUGUUUCAAUCCAUACCCGAAUCAUUAACAUUACAAGUUGGAAAUCUCGACACAUCCAAAGCCGUGUGGGACGCGAUUCAAG